AUGACGGGCCAACUCUUAUUCUCUGCUAGUCUUAUCUCGCCUGAAGUACAAGCGGCACUUCCACCAGGAUACAAAGUUAGACCUUUGGCAAGCGAUGAUUAUGAACGCGGGUUUCUCGAUACGUUAGCAGUGCUUACUGAGAUUGGAGACAUUUCGAAGGCUCAAUUUUUAGAACGCUUUAAUUAUCUGAAACAGCAUAACCAUGAGUAUUUCACUAUUGUGAUAUUAUCUCCUGAUGAUCGAGUUGUUGGUGCUGGAACCAUUUUUGUAGAGAGAAAGUUUAUAAGAAAUACAGGACUUGUUGGGCAUAUUGAAGAUAUUGCAGUCAAUAAAAAUCAACAGGGGAAGAAGCUUGGACUUCGCGUAAUCCAGACAUUGAAAUACAUCGGCGCCAACAGAGGCUGCUAUAAAGUUAUCCUCGAUUGUUCAGAAAAGAAUGUACCGUUCUACGAGAAGUGCGGUUUUACACGUAAGGAGGUCGAAAUGGCAUGGUACUGCAAUGAGCCCCCAAAAGCUAAGCUGUAA